UACAAUUUCUUUUUCUGCUGUUUGGUGAUAAAUGUAUCCUCGCGGAUGGAUCACAGUCAUCUAUGACGUUUAGCCCAGGAACGCCUGACAAGUUCUGCCCGACCCUUGUUGUCAAAAGGAGCAUCGCUUUAUCUUGUCGGUAAACAGUAGUUCGUUUUGCAUACCACAAGUCUAGCCAACUAAUCCAUCAGAAUGCAUGAUGGAGGUGAAGACUACUCCACUUCUACCAAACCCCGAGGAGUCUGCCUCUUUCUUUGCAAGAUAUUUUACCUACGGAUGGUUGAACAAUUUGUUUAAAUUGGGGAACAAGCGCCCUUUACGCAACGAAGAUCUGUUUCAAGCUCUGCAAGAAGAUGAAUCUAGGACUCUAAUAGUUCGACUUGAAAGAUUAUGGCAGGAGGAACAGAGAAAGGCUAAGGCUGGUGGGCGGAGACCAAAACUUUUCCAGACAUUGAUGUUAUUUCUAGGGAUGGAUUAUGUGCUUCUUGGUCUUCCUUUGAUAAUUGAGCAUGGUAUAAAUGUGGCUCAGCCAUAUUUUAUUGGAAGACUCAUUGGUUACUUUGUACCUGGAGCAACAAUGUCUAAGGUGGAAGCCUAUAUACUAGGCACAAUCCUGGUAAUAUGUACUUUUAUAAUGGCCUGGCUACGACACCCUAUUCUCAACUCACUGACAAGACAUGGUAUGCAUCUCAGAGUUGCCUGCUCAUCUUUAGUCUAUAAAAAGAUAUUGCAAUUUCCAUACUCUUCAAAUUCUAACAACAUGACUCGCCACAUUCUCAACUUGGCCACACGGGAUGUCCUGAUUUUGGAGAAGGUCACUUUAUUAUUGCACCAGUUCUGGAUAGCCCCUCUUGUUUUAUUGGCCACUGGAGUCCUGUCAUGGUUUGAGCUAGGGUUGUGGUCUCUACCUGGAAUAGCUUGUAUUUGUUUCCUGGUAAUACUGCAUAUCUUGACUGGCAGACUGUUAACAAAUUUCAGACAUAAGGAAGGCCUGCAUACAGACAGGAGAUUUGGGAUCAUGAGCAAGGUGAUGUCAGAAAUGCGUGCCAUCAAGAUGAACACGUGGGAGCACCUCUAUACCAGCCUUAUUUUUGAUAUUAGAAGCCAAGAAGUAGGUGCGAUCAGAUGCUCAUCCUACAUUGGUUCUCUGAAUGCUACCUUCCGUGCUCUCUGUCCUGCCAUUACUGGGAUUGCUAUGUUUGUACCCUAUGUCUUGACUGGGAAUACAUUAACACCAGGAAAGGUCUUUACUGUUAUUGGUCUUUUCUACUCUAUCCGGACAUCACUCCUUGUGUUCUUUCCAGAGUGCAUUGAGCACUUUAAAGAGAGUGUGGCCUAUUCUAAGAGACUGCAGAAUUUCUUAGAAAAAGAGUGUAAAACUGAAGGAGGACCUGCUGUUGCAGUAGAUGCUCCUGAGAGUAAGAGAGCAACUGUUAUUGCGGAAAAGAUCUGCACAAAUAGUCAAAAUUCACUCUCACUAAAAGAUGUUAGUUUUCAACUAAAAAUGGGGAAUCUUUUUAUGGUGACUGGUCCAUCUUGUGCUGGAAAGUCUUCACUCCUUAUGUGUCUCCUUGGUGAGCUACCACUGACCAGUGGUACUGUCAAUGUACAAGGACGUGUCAGCUAUGCUCCUCAAAAGACAUGGAUAUUUCCAGGAAGUGUCCGGGAAAACAUCCUUUUUGGACAACAAUAUGAUGAGUCCAAGUACAAACGUGUCAUAAUGGCCUGUGCCCUGGAAAUGGAUUUGGCAUCAUUCCCCAAGGGAGACGCAACAGUUGUUGGGGACAGAUGUGGUACUUUGAGUGAGAGCCGGCGAGCAAAAAUCAACCUAGCCAGGGCUGUGUACUCCGAUGCGGACAUUUUGUUAUUGGAUGACCCUCUCAUUUCUCUUGACACCAAUGUGGGACAACAGGUGUUUGAUGAGUGCAUUUGUGGUCUUCUGAAAGAUCGUAUUUGUGUGCUGGUCACACAACAACUGCAGUACCUUAAAAGAGCUUCCUGUAUUCUCUGCCUCCAGGAGGGCCGUUGUAUUGCUAAGGGAACCUACUCAGAGCAUGAAGCAGAAAUUCUGUCAAUCAUGCCAGCAACCCAAGAUGGUGACCAUGACAACGUCAUUCACCCAGAUGCAAUCAACUUCCAGCAAGACCAAUCAAAGACGGCCACUCGUUCGGGUCACGUGAGUGCUCCCCCUGCACCACGUGAUCAGACAAGCCUUGCUAGGGUCAUGAUGGUGGAUGCUGUAUACGAGGGAAAUGAUGUAAAGGCAGAGCAGUCACUAAAUGCUGCCCCAUCGUGGUCGGUAUAUAGGGAGUACCUCAAGGCUUGUGGUGGGGUCCGCACAAAAGUGGGGAUUUUGUUUUUUCUGCUUGGAUCACAGGCGCUAAUCAUGGUGGGAGAGUGGUGGCUUUGUAAAUGGACGGACAGGCAAUUUGUUGAGGCUUACAUCCAGUCCAACAUCAACUCCACCCCUCCCCCCACGACUAAUAACACGGAAAUCACUUACGCCUGGGUCUACGGUGCUUUUGUGGCCAGCAGUGUGGUCGCCAAUUUGAUAUCUGGUGUAGCAUUCUACUGGUUUCUACUAAACGUGUCCAAAAAGUUCCACGACAACAUGCUUUCGAGAGUUCUCAGAGCACCUCUGUACUUCUUCGAUACAAGCCUAGCAGGACAGGGCGUCGAAAGAUUUGUGAAUGACAUCAAGCAGAUGGAGAAUCCUCUAGUUGACUCCCUCUUUUUCUUUCUUACUCUGAGUAUACUGACGUUCGCGAUUCUGCUGCUGAAUGUAGCGAGCAUGCCGUUUCUUCUGGUGGGAGCGAUUCCCAUGACCGUGCUCUUCGGUUACAUCAGAAAUUACUACCUGAGAACAUCUAGAGAAGUCAAACGCCUUGAAGCCAUUAACCGCAGUCCAGUGUACUCUCACUUGUCCACGAGUCUCACGGGUCUGAUCACCAUCCGGGCCUUCCAAGCGGAGCAGGCGUUCAUCCGCUCCUACCACGCCUACACGGACUUCCACACCGGCGCGUACGCCCUGAACCUUGGCAUUCAGCGCUGGCUUGGCAUCCGCCUUGAUAUAAUCUCGGCCUUGUUUUUUGCUCUUGCUGUCUUCACCAGCUUGCUAACGGUCGAAGCAGGGUUCACAAUCAGCGCUAGUGUGGUUGGUCUGUGUUUGACCUACGCCACGCAACUGACCGGAAUGUUCCAGUGGUGCAUAAGGCAGAGUGCGGAGGUCGAGAACAAUAUAAAGUCAGUAAAACGUGUGAUGGAGUAUUCACAAGUUGAGCCUGAGCCAGAGUCAAGCGAACCGCUCGAACUCCCCCCAACGUGGCCCAAAUACGGCAUUCUCACAGCAGAGAGGCUAAGCUACUCACAUCACAAGACCCUGCCUCGCGUACUCAGGAACAUGAACUUCUGUAUAAAAGGGGGAGAAAAGGUUGGGAUUGUCGGUCGUAACGGUCUUGAAAAGUCUUCCCUCCUCGCUGCGCUCCUUAGACUGAACACCCCGGAAGGAAUAGUGCGAAUAGAUGGCCUACCGAUCACCGAUCUACAGCUCCAGGAUCUUCGCCGCCGUAUCUCCGUCAUACCACAGGAUCCAGUGUUGUUCAGUGGUUGUCUCCGCAAGAACGUGGAUCCCUUCGCACAGUUUUCUGAUGACGCAUUAUGGAACGGGCUUGAAGAGGUUCAUCUGAGAGAAACAGUAGACAAACUUCCAGACGGUAUUGAAACAGAGCUUGCAGAAAAAGGCUCAAACUUCAGCGUGGGUCAGCGGCAACUUGUGUGCUUAGCACGCGCAAUACUUAGUCAUAACAAGAUUCUGGUCAUAGACGAAGCAACUGCAAAUGUCGAUCACAGCACGGACAGUCUGAUCAAAGAGACCAUUCGCAACAAGUUCCAUGACUGCACCGUGUUGACGAUCGCUCACCGACUCAACACCGUCAUGGACUCGGACAGGGUCAUGGUCCUGGACGCGGGUCGCCUGGUGGAGUUUGAUGAGCCAUACGUGCUUCUCCUAAACUCGCAAGGAUUCUUCUCACAACUCGUGGAACAAACCGGCGAGAAAACAGCAGCCAGCCUGCGCGAGUCCGCCCGACAGGCCUACGAACUAAGACACGAUUGUAACAGCGACGAAAUAGCGGAAAAUUAUCGGAAAUUUCACGGAAUUGUCGAGACAUCCAAAGAGGAGACAGAGGAGGAGCAUGCUGCCCCUGAGGCUGACGAGAGAAGAAGUCUUGCAGCGUCUGAGAUUCUCAGUGUAGACGAUGACGAACCAUUAAUUCCGCCUGGUAAAAGUGAUGACAUAAAUAUUACAAUCUUAUGAUACACGAUUAUGGUUUUUAAUCGUCCUCAUGAAUAGCAUCAGCUAACCCAACACGCCAAAAGUCAUAGGUCACCUUACGUUGCCAUGCGCGCUACCGUGGACACUUCGACGGAUUAUAAACCAAUAAGAAUGCAAGAAACGUACUAUAUAUUAGAACUCGCAUAUGUAGAAAGUUUUUCUCCCAUGAUGAUUUAAUCUUGUUUUACAACUUUGUCUUGGUGUUUACAGUAGUGUGCGUAAAACUAUAAAAUCACCAUGGCCGUAGCCAUACAAGGGAGGGGUCCUAGGGUGCGCGUGACCAAGGCCACGCCAAAGGUAUUAGAUGUAUGCCUUGGCUAUGACGUAAUGUGAGAUUGACACAAUUGGAAUUAGGUGAAAUUCAUUUGGGUAUUAGCCAUUAAAUGUCCAACAAGGGACCAUAACCUAUACAAGUAGUAAGUAUGUAACCGGUGUAACAUAUUUUUUUUAGUACUUGUAAAUUACAUCCGACAUGUUUUCCUGUAUAUAUUUCGUGAUGUUGUAACUAAGUUAUACAAGCCCACUCUGUGUUGUAUUAUACUUUUAAAAUAAAAUAUUCAUCCAAAUA